AUGAUAAACUGGCGUCGCACGAAGGGUCACAGGCCACACAAACAUUUCUUGUCUAGGGCCAGUGCGUCUGCAAAACUCAAUAGACCAUUUGAUAAUUUCGAGUCGUUCGCGGAGUAUAGCAUAACGUUUGGACUGAUCAGAGACAAUGGUAGUCUCCCCACAAUUGUUUCAAACCUUCAUCGGUGUCAGAGAAGAGUGCUCAACCCUUAA